AUGCCAUCUUUUCAUAAAUUGCGAGGUAAAAUUCUCAACAAUAUAGUUAGAGAUGUGAAGAUAUAUUGUGAUGAACUAAAAUUGAGCUGGAAAGCUACAGGAUGCAGUGUAAUGGCAGAUGGGUGGACAGACAUCAAGAACAGAACAUUGGUAAACUUCCUUGUAUAUUGCCCUCUUGGUACUAUGUUCUUAAAAUCUGUUGAUUUGUCUGAUACUCCUAAGACUGCUGAUGUGUUGCUUGGGAUUUUUGAUAAAGUUAUAGAAGAAGUUGGGCCUGAAAAUGUCGUACAAUUUAUCACUGAUAAUGCAGCAAAUUAUAAAGCUGCAGGUGAAAUGUUAGCAGCACGAUAUGGGACAUUUUAUUGGAGUCCAUGUGCUGCUCACUGUGUAAAUCUUAUGCUUCAGGAUCUUGGUGAAAGAGAUGAUAUGAAGUUGACAGUUCAUAGAUGCCAAGAAAUCACGAAGUUUAUUUAUAAUCAUGCUUAUGUCUUGAAUUUGAUGAGGAAAUUCACAAAUGGGGCUGAAUUGAUUCGACCUGCACAAACACGGUUUGCUACAAAUGUUUUGACUGUGCAGGGUAUAGUCAAGCAAAGAACUUCUAUCAGGCAGAUGUUUUCAAGUGAUGAUUGGGCUGCAUAUCCACAUGCCUAUAAAAGAAAGGCAACGACAGUUGUGGAUACCAUCUUCGAUGCUGACUUUUGGGAAUCAUGUGUGCACUUAUUGAAGAUUUGUGUACCUCUAGUGAAAGUCCUCAGAUUAGUUGAUAGUGAAGAUAGACCUUCUAUUGGAUAUUUAUAUGAGUCUAUGGACAGAGCCAAGGAGGCCAUUAGAGAUAAUAUGAAGGGGAAAAAGAAGUUGUAUAUGCCUAUAUGGAAGAUUAUAGAUGAAAGGUGGUCAGGACAAUUUCAUCGCCCACUUCAUGCAGCAGCCUACUACCUAAAUCCUGCUAUUAGAUAUCUUCCCACUUUUAAGAAGGACAGAGAGGUCGAGUAUGGCAUGUUGGAUUGUAUUGAUGUAUUAGUAAGUGAUAGUAAAGAACAAGACGCUAUCCAUAUGUCGAUCAACAAAUAUGAUACGACUUCUGGUACCAUGGCGAGAGACACAGCAGUUCGAUGCAGGACAACUAUGCGUCCAGAUUUGUGGUGGGAAAGGUUUGGGCCUGAUUGCCCAGAAUUAAGGAAGCUUGCAAUUAGAAUCCUCAGCCAAACAUGUAGUGCAACUGGAUGUGAAAGAAAUUGGAGUGUAUUUCAACACAUCCACAGUAAGAAGAGGAACAAGCUGGAACAUAAAAGGUUGAAUGACCUUGUUUACGUUCGUUACAAUAUGAAGUUGAGACAAAGGUAA